GCUGUGACGCGUUGUGUAGGUCGGGGCCCGCAGGAUCUGUAAUGGAUUUGCUGUGCGCUGUGAAUCCGCGGUCCAGUUAAUUGAUGUUAGAAACAUGGCGGUGCGCGGUUGAUAUUGUCAUUACGGAUUUCACUUUGGUUCGCUGCAAUGAUUCCGAUGCCGGUGGUCGUUUGCGUGGUGGGAGGGUGGUGUGUGGUUUACCUGGGCGACACCUUACUAAGGUCAUCUAGUGGUCUUAAAUCGUCCUACGAAGACUGGCUUGCUGCGAACGGACUCUCUCUCUCUCCCUUCCACGUUAGAUGGCAGACUGGCCUCUUAAAUCGCCUGUUUGCCAAGUGGGGCAGAUGGAAGCCCAGAUUUCUCUAUCACUGGUUCACCCUGGGCAUGGUGUUUGGAGUGGUGGCCAUGUUCGGAUCCAUCAUUCUCCUCACAAAGACACUGAUGCAGACUCUGGCACAGAUGAUGACAGACAGUCCUGAGGGCUCCAAUGAGCAGAUGCUGCAGGUUGUGGUGCCUGGUGUUAAUCUUCCUGUCAGUCAGCUGGCUUAUUUUUUCAUUGCGAUUCUCAUCAGUGGUGUCAUACAUGAAAUUGGCCACGGGGUGGCAGCCGUCAGAGAACAGGUCCGGUUUAAUGGCUUUGGGAUGUUCAUCUUCAUUAUCUACCCGGGAGCGUUUGUGGAUCUUUUUACAACUCACUUGCAGCUUAUAUCUCCAGUCCAACAGCUCCGAAUAUUCUGUGCAGGGGUCUGGCACAAUUUUGUUCUGGGAGUCUGUGCGCUGGCAUUCCUCUUUCUGCUGCCACUGUUUCUCCUGCCACUCUACUCCACUGGGGCCGGGGCGGUGAUCACUGAAGUCAUAGAGGGCUCCUCUGCAAGCGGGGCGCGGGGUCUGUUUGUAGGGGAUUUGAUCACACACCUGGAGGACUGCCCAGUGCACAGUGUGGAGGACUGGCACGCCUGCAUUAAGGACAUCUCUCACAGACCCCAGACUGGAUACUGCAUUCACACAGCCACACUGCAGCAAGCCAGGUCUCCCAGCAGAGUUUACAAGAGGCUGGAUGGCACCAUGGAGUGCUGUAGCAACAACAGUCUCACAGACAUCUGCUUCUCCUACAGCAACAACCUGGAGAGUCGUCUGCAUGCAUGCUUGCCUGCCAGAAAGACGAUUGACUCGAGCCACACGUGUCGCUCCAACAUGGACUGUCAAAAGGAUUUCGUCCCCAAUCUGUGCGUGAUCCCCUCUCUGGAGAACCAGACUCAGCUCAUACGGGUCAGGCACCGGCCGCAGGUGGACAUGCUGUUCGUGGGAUAUCCACUGCACCUCCAGUUUGCAGUGAGCCUUACCAACUUUAUUCCACGCUACGGAUUCCUGCAUUUUGACCUGCCUGUAGUAAUUGAAACGUUCUGCAAAUAUCUGGUCUCUCUCUCUGGAGCGCUUGCUGUUAUCAAUGCUGUGCCUUGCUUUGCGCUGGAUGGCCAGUGGAUGCUAACCUCCUUCCUGGAGGCUACUCUUAGCUCUCUGAUUGUGGAGAAACAGAACCGGGAGCUGCUGGGGUUCUUUAUCUUGCUGGCCGGCAGCGUUCUCCUGGCCUCCAAUGUGGCCCUCGGGCUUUGGAUGGUGACAGCCCGGUAGCUGCUUGUGUCAGAUGAAGUUUAAAAAAAAAAAAAAAAAAAAUGGACCACAGUGGAAGAUCCGUUUAUACUUAACAAUGUGACAUCUUUACAAAGAAGCUACGGUGCUGAAGUCCUGCCAUUCAGCUCAGCCACUUGCAUAGUGUGUGAUCCUAGCCAUGCUGCUUUAACUAGUGCAGUAUGUACCUCCAUAUAAUGGAUAACAGACAACCCCCCAACCCCUGUGUCAUGCUUUCCGGAGUGCUUAACCCUUUUACUGCUGGAGUAUUCUCAAUAUCAAGGUCUGUGAUUCCUCUUCCAUCAAGAACAAGCCGAUUUCACACGCUGAGCUUUUAAAACCUGCUGCAACUAAUGAAGAAUUUUAACAAGAGAUGCAAGAGGAUUUGCAGAUCGAUGAUAUGUUCUGGACAGGCGAUUAUGUCAAAAAUAAUUUGAGUAAUUUCCAGUGUAUUUCAGAAAUGAAGCUGCAUCUGAUACCAAAGGAUUUUGAGAUAAAAAACAUGUGAAUAAUGUGGUAAACUAAUCAACACAAAUUGAGCAUUUUAGUAUGAUCCCUCUAGGAACUGGAGUCAGAAAGUGAAAUAUUUAGUUUCAUCAGUGCAUCAGUUUGACCAUUCAGGUGUCUUCCUUUUCAUUCCCAGUGUUAAACAAAUCAGGUUUAAUGUAAGACACUGUUCCUUCGGAUGUGUGCACUGAAAGUUCUACUCUUCAUACUGUUAGUUGUGUCUGUCUUUUUUUUUUUUUCCCUUCUAAACCGCUUUGUAAAUAAUUGAUUAUUGCAUUUUAAAAGGAACUGUUUUAACAAAGUAUUU